AUGUUGGUUGCCGACAUCAUCUUGCAAAAGCAAGCCGAAGGUUUGCAAUACCAGAAAACAGCAGCAGUGCGUUCGGCCCUUCUCGCAUCAGCCCCCAAGUUCUGGAUAAUGAACCUUAUGUUUGACGAAACAGAGUUAGAGUUGACGCUGGAUGGCGAAGGGCCUGGGGCCUGGUCAAUUCUAGCAUCGCACUCGCAGCUGAGCAUUGGCAAUGGUGAUUCUGAUUCUGUUCAGGAGUUCGAUUUUGUGCGACUCCCACAAGCCUUGCCCAGGAAGACGGCGUCUUGCAUGUACGAGGCUCUUUGCCAGGGUGAGGGCAGUCUCGCAGCAAACAGCAUGUCAUUGCAGGCUGAUUAUUGCUGUAUCAUCAUCACUUGUGAUCAAGCAUCUGCCAACAUCAGGCUUUUAAAGCACGUGCAUGCCGUGCUGCCUGAAAAAGUGUAUUUGCUGCCAAUGCUGUGUGCACAACACCGAAAUGGAAAUGUGAUAGAACGUUUGACAAAAUUACUCGGCAUUUUGCCAGGUUGCUAUUGCUUGUCCAAGUGCAGCCAGAAAGGCAAACUCUUCAAGGAUUGGAAGCAGGCAAUCAGAACCCAGUUGCAGGAUGAUUUGAAAAUCCUGCCCGCAGAGCCCCCAGGCGUGCAGGCAGAGUGGGCAGCAGCAAGAAAACAAGCCCAAUUGUUCUUGGAACUGGUGCUGGAAGGUCUUGCCGACAACAUUGACGACAGUUCUGGUCUUCGUCCGGGUACUUCGGCCGACAUCAAGAAGUUCACAGACUUCUUCCGAGGCCCUUGGACAGGCCUUUGGCCAGGUAAAGACAUGAAGCCUCAGGAUGUGUAUGGAGCUGUGGAGAAGCUGCAAUCAGUGCUGUGCUGCGACACCUAUGGUGGGGUUGACGCUGUCCGGUAUGCCCGGGAUGCGUACAACAAGCGGCACCUUUCCUGA